AUGGAGCCUGAAGCCCAACUGCAAAAAGUCCCUAAUUUCAGGGACGUUGGCAAAACCGUCAACCAGUUUCUGAAGAAGAGAACUAUCCGAGAGGGCCUCUUCUUUCGAUCUGGAAGGCUAAACGAUGCCACGGCUGCAGACAGGCAGCUCAUCCACGAUCAGCUAGGCAUCAAAACAGUCGUUGACCUACGCACAAAGACCGAGAUCCUCAAGCAAAUCAGAAAACACCGCCGUUCCGAAGUAGACGAGAAGAUCCCAGGCGUCGAAUAUCACGGCAUCAAGAUCAACGGCAAGGCCUUCGAAUGGCAUCUCCUGAGCCUGCUGUCAUGGUGGGACUUUUUCAAGUUCAUCUUCCUGUUCGUCUUCCAAUACCGUAUAGAGGCCAUUAGGAUCAUCAGCCGUCAGGUCAUGGUGCCUCGCGGCCUUGUCCGCAUCGGCCUCGACACGAUCGACCUCUGCGGCCCGGAACUCCGCGAAGCCCUCUCGUUCUAUACGUCGCCCCAGACGCUGCCCUGCGUCAUACACUGUACUCAGGGCAAGGACCGUACGGGUCUCAUAUGCGCCUUGGUAUUGAUGAUACUCGACAUGCCCCUAGCCGCCAUCGAGCACGACUACUUCCUCACUGACGACGCCCUCAUGCCCAUUCGCCCUCAGAUGCUCAAAGAAAUUCGUGAAGUUGGCCUGACGGACGAGUGGGCCAGGACUGCAAGAGACAUGAUCUCCGCCAUCGAGCGCCAUAUCAGGGACAACCACGGAGGCUUGGACAGCUACCUCGACUCCAUUGGCUUUGACCAGCACCAGCGCGACAGGGUCCGCGAGACGCUGCUCUACUGA